UGUCACGUUUUAAUAAAAUAAGUACGUGUGUGCCUAUAGACAAUUCCAUAUGUGUAUUUUAAUAAUAAUAUAUAUAAACUCAUUAUAUUAGAAGCAAAGCAGAGGGCAGUCUAUAUAUAUCGGUGAUAGGUCUUAAGAAUUAAGAUAUGAUAUUGAGAAGCAGAGUUGAGAACAUGCAAAUUAAUAAAUAAUAGAGAAAAUUAAGCACAGAGCAGAUCCAGUAGAAACAAUGGCGGUGAAUAUGAGUAACAUGGGUAUGUUCAGGGUGUGUGGUCAAGAAGAACUUGAGCAACUCUCUCGAGAGGGUAGUCAAUAUAGUCUCUCAACUGGGAUAUUACCUUCCCUCGGUGCCAGAGCCAGUAAUCGGAGAAACAAACUAAAGUGGUUCAUUAUAUCUCCAUACAACCACCGUUACAGGGUAUGGGAAACUUUUCUUGUAGUUCUGGUCGUUUACACUGCUUGGGUUUCGCCAUUCGAGUUUGGCUUCCUUCAAAAGCCAGCGGGGCCACUAGCCAUUACUGAUAAUGUUGUCAAUGGAUUCUUCUUCAUAGAUAUUAUUGUUACCUUCUUUGUAGCUUACUUGGACAAAACAACCUACUUACUUGUGGACGAGCCAAAGCAGAUUGCCUUAAAGUAUGCAAAGUCUUGGCUGGUUUUCGAUGUUAUUUCCACUAUUCCAGCCGAACUUGCCCGUAAGAUUUCUCCUUCGGUAUUCAGAUCAUAUGGCUUAUCCAAUAUGCUUCGGUUAUGGCGUCUUAGAAGAGUUAGUGCUUUAUUUUCAAGACUGGAAAAGGAUAGAAACUACAACUACUUCUGGGUUCGUUGUGCAAAACUCAUAUGUGUUACCCUUUUCGCUGUUCAUUGUGCUGGAUGCUUUUAUUAUCUUAUUGCGGCACGUUAUCAUGACCCGAAAAGGACUUGGAUUGGUAGUUCAAUGGAAAAUUUCCUUGAACAAAGUAUUUGGAUUCGAUAUGUUACCUCAAUAUAUUGGUCCAUCACCACUCUCACAACCGUUGGAUAUGGCGAUUUGCAUCCUGUGAAUACGAGGGAGAUGAUAUUUGACAUUUUCUACAUGCUCUUUAAUCUUGGAUUGACAGCCUACUUGAUUGGUAACAUGACUAACCUUGUUGUACAUGGAACCAGCAAAACGAGAAAAUUUAGGGACACUAUACAAGCUGCUUCUAGUUUUGCCCAGAGGAACCAACUACCAGUUCGACUUCAAGAUCAGAUGUUGGCACAUUUGUCUCUCAAAUUUAGGACAAAUUCAGAAGGACUGCAACAACAAGAGACUCUUGACUCUCUUCCUAAAGCAAUUCGAUCGAGUAUUUCACAUUAUCUCUUUUACUCUCUUGUUGAUAAGGUCUACUUGUUUCGUGGGGUUUCAAACGAUUUGCUUUUUCAGCUGGUCUCGGAGAUGAAAGCUGAGUAUUUCCCACCCAAAGAAGAUGUCAUUUUGCAGAAUGAAGCUCCUACUGAUUUCUACAUACUUGUAACUGGUUCAGCGGACUUAGUAGUGUUAAUAAAUGGAGUUGAGCAGGUUGUAGGAGAAAUAAAAAGUGGUGAUCUAUGUGGUGAAAUUGGUGUACUUUGUUAUCGACCUCAACUCUUUACUGUUCGAACAAAGCGGUUGAGCCAGUUGCUCCGGCUGAACCGUACGGCGUUCAUGAAUAUUGUUCAGGCCAAUGUUGGAGAUGGGACCAUAAUCAUGAACAAUCUUCUUCAGCAUCUGAAGGACCUUAAGGACCCUAUUAUGGAGGGAGUUUUGUUGGAGACAGAGAACAUGCUAGCUCGUGGUAGAAUGGACCUACCACUCAGUCUAUGCUUUGCAGCUCUUAGAGGAGAUGACUUGAUGUUAAAUCAAUUGUUGAAAAGGGGUCUGGACGCAAAUGAGUCUGACAACAGUGGCAGAACAGCUUUGCACAUAGCAUCAUCCAAAGGAAGUACCAACUGUGUGCUUCUUCUUCUGGACCAUGGGGCAGAUCCUAAUUCGAAAGACUCUGAAGGCAAUGUACCACUAUGGGAAGCAAUACAAGGAGGGCAUGACCAUGUAGCCAAGCUAUUACUAGAAAACGGAGCUGUUUUGAACGAAGGUGAUGUGGGGCAUUAUGCAUGCAUUUCGGCCGAGCAAAACAACUUAAACUUGCUCAAGGAAAUAGUUCGAUAUGGUGGUAAUGUCACAGCUGCUCGAGCUAAUGGCACUACUGCCCUCCACGUGGCAGUUAGUGAAGACAAUAUUGAAAUAGUCAAGUUCCUUUUGGAACAAGGUGCUGAUGUUGACAAAGCAGACCAUGAUGGUUGGACCCCAAGAGCACUAGCUGACCAACAAGGUCAUGAAGAGAUCAAGUCCCUUUUCUUGUACAAGAAAGAGCAGCCUAAAACUCAAUCUAUAAUUCUCAUUCCUGAGGGUGAGAGAGACAACAAGGUUCGGUUUUUGGGCAGAUUUACAAGCGAGCCUACCAUCCGGCCUGUGGUUCAGGAGGGCUCAUUCCCUGGCUCGGAAGGUUCAUGGGGCCGUAGCCGGCCAAGGAGGAGGACUAAUAACUUUCACAACUCAUUGUUUGGUAUAAUGUCUGCUGCUCACAAUGUAGAUAAAGGGCCAUUAUACUCAGUUAGCAUGACAAAGAGUCCCAGAAACACAAAUGGGAUUACUAACCCUCCUAGAGUGACCAUUAGUUGCCCCGAAAAGGGUGAAUAUAAAGGCAAGCUUGUUCUUCUUCCACCAACAUUUCAGGAUCUACUUGAAUUCGGUGCCAAGAAAUUUGGUUUCUCCACAGCUAAAGUGGAAAGUAAAGAAGGAGCUGAAAUUGAUAACAUAGAGGUAAUUAGAGAUGGUGAUCAUCUCGUUUUUGUUAAAGGUGAUGACAAGGAAAGUGGACUUGAAAAUCAAAAUCCUCCGACGGAAGGAGAUUUGUAGUACAUACAGGCUGGAUUGGAUGUUGUUUAAUUUUUUCAACAAGUUACUGCCACAUGCCAGAUCAAUCAAAGUGUUGGGAAGAGAUGUGGUUGAAAAGAUACUAACAUUUUUUUUUCUUCUUAUUAUUAUUAAUAUUUCUUUUGAGGAAGGAAAUAUGUGUCCUUUUUUUUUUGUUCAAUUCAAAAAUGAAGGAUGAAACGAACAUAAAGAUGAAGAUAAUAGAGGGUUUUAUGUACAUGCGAAAAAUGUGAAAGCAAUGCACAAGAUUCCGUGAAAAGAAAUAUACGAAAAGCUUACUCCAUUACCAAAUCCAAUGGAAUGUAUGUUAUGAUACGAGUACAUAAUUUAAUGUGUACAUAAAUUUAUUAUUACUAUUUUCGUA